CUUCGUGAUGGACGUUCUUACGGCAAAGGAGGAAACCAUUCGGAGGACGAGUUGGCGGUGUCAUCCUGGUAUAAGAAACGGACAGCAGGUUCUCGGGGUCGUUCAAUCGAGGCGGGAAUAUUUUAUUUCGAUCGAGACGACUCAUCAGGCUGUCCGCUAAGUAAUCCAGAGAGAAAUCCGUGGUAG